AUGUGCUCCGAUUCCAUGGACUUUUUCUCUGCUGCGAGGGGUGGGGCCGAGGGCCGCAAUCGGAGAGUGGGGGCUGCGAUAGCAGUGGCAGCGGUCGCUGGAUUGUACUUUUACGGCCGCAACGCGUCUCCCAAGAACUCGACCGUCGCCCAAGUGAUGGAGGACGCCAGCCGCGGCGGCACUCGCCCCUCUAGUUCCCGGCAAGAAAAUUCCGCGAUUGCGACGCCGUAUGAAGCCGCGACCGUGAAGAACGCCCCCAAGCAGAACGCUGGGAACGUCGAGGCGCUGAAAGUGAACCCGGGGGGUAACCCCGGGGCCAGGCCGUCGUUGGGCUAGAAAAUUUGAGGAGACUCUGGUGCAUGUAAGACCCAAAUUGGUUUUGCGUCGGACCGUAUGUACACUAGAUUUUUGAGGAUCACUGAGAGUGGCUGCACGUGUAGAACGAGCAGCGAAUGAUGUUUGCAGGAGAAAAGCUCAUGAGGCUCCGGUAGAGGGUUCAGCCUGGGAACCAGCCUACAGGAAUAUUUCAAGUUUUGCGGUAGAUUCUUACUUUGGCCCGUCCUCGUCAAAUUACCAACACUCUGAAUUGAAGGUUCAAAAGUUAAGUUCGCUCAGACUUUCCGGUCGAAGUUCCAUCCACACUUGCUGACGCGGUCACGUGGGUUCUGUUAGUGAGUCGAUUUCAG